AUGACUAAACCACAACAGCCAGCUAUUUUCUACUGUCACGCAGCCUUGUUUGACUGCGAUGGUACUUUGGUCAACUCCACCGGUGCCAUUUCUGAAUUCUGGAGAGAAUUCGGUAAGACAAGACCACACGUGAACCCAGAGGAAAUCAUUAGAACAUCUCACGGUUGCCGUACUUUCGAUGUCAUCAAGAAAUGGUCGCCGGAAGAUGCCGAAGCUGAACAAGUCACUAAAUGGGAAGGUGCCAUUCCAGACUCGUUUGGCCAGCACGCUAAGGCUAUCCCAGGUUCGGUUGAGUUGGUGAAGGCUUUUGACGAGCUUUCGUCAGAGACCAAGGAUGGUAAGCAGAAGUGGGCCGUGGUGACAUCCGGUACCUUGCCCUUGGCUACCAAAUGGUUGAAGUUGCUUACAAUUGAAAAACCAGACGUUUUCAUUACAGCCGAAAAAGUGACCAAAGGUAAGCCUCACCCUCAAGGCUACCAGAAUGCUAGAGAGCACUUGGGCUACGGCUCGGAACACGCCAAGGUGGUUGUGUUUGAAGACGCCCCAGCCGGUAUUGAAGCUGGUGAAAAAGCCGGUGCCAUGGUUGUGGGCAUCUGCUCGACUUAUGACCCCGAAAAAGUCAGGAAGGCUGGUGCCAACAUUGUCGUUAAGGACUUGACCAGUUUCCACAUUGAAGGUUACAACAAGGAGACUGAGGAGUUUAAAGUGGUGGUUGACGAUUACUUUUACGCUGAUCCAGUGUUUUUGGAAGAAUCUGCUUAA